CCCUAACCAAGCCCCUACUGGCUACUAGUAAUCGUUCCAAAUAGUACAAAACGUUACCAGAGUAUAAACCCUAGAAGAUCCAAGAUUGCUGCCUGCCUUCCCUUGAGCUCUCAAAGCCGCCGUCUCGCCGAAACCAACACCUCUGCCUUCUCUCGCCGAUCUCUCUGUGUUGAGCGCAAAUGGCUCCCAAGAAGGAUAAGGCCCCGCCGCCGUCAUCGAAGCCGGCCAAGUCCGGAGGAGGCAAGCAGAAGAAGAAGAAGUGGAGCAAGGGUAAGCAAAAGGAGAAGGUGAACAACAUGGUCCUUUUCGACCAGGGCACCUACGAUAAGCUUCUCUCUGAAGCUCCCAAGUACAAGCUCAUUACCCCUUCCAUCCUCUCCGAUCGUUUGAGGGUGAAUGGAUCACUUGCCAGGAAGGCCAUCAGGGAGCUCAUGGCUAAAGGUCUGAUCAGGAUGGUUUCUGCCCAUUCCAGCCAGCAGAUCUACACUAGGGCUACCAACACCUAGAUUUAGUGUUUCCAUCAUGUAUCUGAAGUUUCAAACUUCAUUCGCUUCUUUUGAAUCCCAGAAGCUCUAUAUGUCAAGUAGUUUCAAAGAGUUUAUGACCUAUUUUAUCUAAGGAUUGUUGUCGAAGGAAUUUUGCUCUUGUUGGUGAAAGUUCAUGCAGAUGUUGAGCUUUGUUAUGGUCUUUAAGCGUCUUCUUUGAGAUGAUACAUGCUGUUAGUUUCCUUUUCCUCGGUGCUGCUCCUUGGUGAACAAUGGUAUGUUCUCACCUUCAUGUUCUCUUUAGUUGGUGAUUCAUGGUUUAGUUAACCAUGAAUCGUUCAUGUCCCUAUAAAUAUAAGUGGUACUUUCCGGCCAA